AUGUACAGGCAAGCGACGCAGAAGACGGGCGAGGUGCUGUCCAUGCCGUCGCAGUGGCUGGGCAUGUACUCGGACUUCAUCACCAAGAACAGCAGCGCCGUAACGCAGAUAGAAUCAGCGCUGCGGUCACUGACAUACAUUAUCCCCGGCCGCUUCCGAGAGUCUGAAAUCGCAUCCGAAUCUUUACACAGCGGCGUCCAAGUGCUCUCCCUAUAUCAUGACUCGCUCCUCUCAAAAGCCAUGGCACAAAUGCCCGGAACGCGACGGCAGCCCCUCACCCCGCAUCAUCGCUAUACCAAGUUCUGGACGCAGAACUCGCCCACGUACAAGCGCAUCGCGCUGGUGCUCCAGAUGAUUCAAUAUACAGAGCUGCUAUGGGAGAUGGCGGCGAAGCGGAAGGGCGAGAAGGUGCGAUGGCGCGUGGUGGUAUUGUUGGAGAUUGUCAAAGCAGUAUGCAGGUUGCUGCUGCUUCGAUUGACCAACUCGCGGCCACUCCUGUCGCCGCCACUCCCACAACGAGAGAUUGACCCAAGCUCACUCGAAGAGUCGUCGGCAUCGGCAGACGGCAUGGACACACCACCGAGCGAGCGUUCGGUCGAGGCAGAGAACUGGGCCAUGCCUAGGACUGGCCUGUCCAUGCCGAGCCUACCAGACUCGUCGGAUAUCUCAAGCUACCUUCUCUCCAAGGUACUGACUGCAGACGACAUCAAACCCCCAAAGGCACUGCUCCAUCGAGUCAGCGGGAAGGGCGAGCUGGCCGAAGCACUGUACAUUCUCCGACCGGUUGUCUACGCGCUGGCGAUGCAACACUUCAGCGGCGACAGAAAGAGCUGGAGGCCGUGGUUGAUCGGUGUCAGCAUGGAGUACGGCGCCAGACAACUCGCCAAGAAAGACUUCCAGGAGCGACUAGCCGGAGGUCUGAGGGGCUUGACUGGACUGGAGAAGGAAGAGUUGCGCAAGCGGGGCUGGUCCCUGGGAUGGUGGGCAAUGCGCGGUGCUUUCUACGAGAACAUUACCAAGGCUUGGAUCCACAGCAUCACUGGAAAGUUGAAGGGCAAGCCUCUGCUCGAUAUGGUUGGCGGUGUUAUUGAGGACUAUGAAUUCCUGUGGGAUCAAUACUACUUCCCGACAGCCACACUAUGA